AUGCCGAAAGCAACGAAGCGCAAGACCGCCAUAACCCAGCUCAAUGCCGUCGGUCCAAGCUCCUCAAGUAAACCGCAGUCCAGCCGGACUGUCAUCCGGCGCUUCCACACGCUGCUCAAGCAACAAGCGCAACUCCAAGCGGGACCUCAGACGGCGCGUGCAGUCCAAGAGCUGAAUGAUAUUGCGAAGGAAAUUGACGAGCUGGGCGGACUGGCUGCGUAUCAGCAAAUGUCGAGUAUCGGGCAGGGAGAGGACCGCGGUGGAGGGUCGCAGAAGGUGUUUAUUGAAUGGUUGAAGGAGGAGGGGUGGGCAGAUAAGAAGGGAAAGGGGAAGCAGAAGUUGCUCGAAGUAGGCGCUCUGCGACCUGACAACUACGCCUCCUGCCGGUCAUGGCUGGACGUGACACCCAUAGACCUCCGCUCUCGACACCCCGACAUCAGAGAACAAGACUUUCUACUACUUGACCCCGAAGAAAACAGAGAAAGGUGGGACACUAUCAGCCUGAGCUUAGUCGUGAACUUUGUCCCCGACGCAAAGGACCGAGGACGAAUGCUAACGCUUGCGAGGACGAUGCUUCGUCGAGAAGGGUUACUCUUUCUAGCACUACCCUUGCCCUGCGUGAUGAACUCCCGAUAUACCACCCCCGAACACUUGACCGCGUUGAUGGAAUGCAUUGGCUUUGAGAAGUUACGCGAGCGCUGGAAGCAGGGCGGCAAGAUGGCCUAUUGGCUAUUCCGCAAGUCCGAGUCUGCACCGACGACGGAGGGUUGGAAGUUCGCGAAGAAGAACGUGCUUCGGACGGGCAAUAGGAACAAUUUUGUUAUACUGUUGUAG